AUGUUUGGACUGCGCGGCUGCACAGUGUUGAGACGGACAUGACUUGAGUGGCCAGCUCUUAUCUUUACAACAAUGUCCAUGAACAAUUCCAAACAGCCCGUGUCUCCUGCAGCUGGGUUCCUUUCAAACACAACCUGCCAGACACCAGAAAACCGGCUUUCUGUCUAUUUUUCAAUAAUCUUCAUGACCGUGGGAAUCUUGUCAAACAGCCUUGCCAUUGCCAUCCUCAUGAAGGCGUAUCAGAGAUUCAGACAGAAGUCCAAGGCCUCGUUCCUGCUGCUGGCCAGUGGCCUGGUCAUCACAGACUUCUUCGGCCAUCUCAUCAAUGGAGCCAUAGCCGUGUUUGUGUACGCUUCUGACAAGGACUGGAUCCGCUUCAACCAAUCCAACGUCCUUUGCAGUGUUUUUGGCAUCUGCAUGGUGUUCUCUGGCCUGUGCCCACUGUUGCUGGGCAGUGCGAUGGCCAUCGAGCGGUGUAUUGGAGUCACCAAGCCAAUAUUUCAUUCUACAAAAAUUACAUCCAAACAUGUGAAAAUGAUGUUGAGUGGAGUGUGCUUGUUUGCUGUUUUUAUAGCUUUGCUGCCCAUCCUUGGACAUCGAGACUAUAAAAUUCAGGCAUCGAGGACCUGGUGUUUCUACAACACAGAGCACAUCGAAGACUGGGAAGAUAGAUUUUAUCUUCUACUUUUUUCCUUUCUGGGGCUCUUAGCCCUUGGUGUUUCAUUAUUAUGCAAUGCCAUCACAGGAAUUACACUUUUAAGAGUGAAAUUUAAAAGUCAGCAGCACAGACAAGGCAGGUCUCAUCAUUUUGAAAUGGUCAUCCAGCUCCUGGCGAUAAUGUGUGUCUCCUGCAUUUGCUGGAGUCCGUUUCUGGUGACAAUGGCCAAUAUUGGAAUAAAUGGAAAUAAUUAUCCGAAAACUUGUGAAACUACUCUGUUUGCCCUCCGAAUGGCCACAUGGAAUCAGAUCUUAGACCCCUGGGUGUAUAUUCUUCUACGGAAGGCUGUACUUAAGAAUCUCUACAAGCUCGCCAGACGCUGCUGUGGUGUGCAUGUCAUCAGCUUACACAUUUGGGAGCUAAGCUCCAUUAAAAAUUCCUUAAAGGUUGCUGCUAUUUCUGAGUCGCCAGUUUCAGAGAAAAUAAAUCAGCAAGCACUUAGUUAAAUAGGGCAGUAAGUCAGUGUAGGGUUAGAGCAUAAUUGAGAUGUUUGACAAUAUUUCAGUUAACUAGAUGAAUACAUAAAGCCCAACUGGAAAAUUGAGACCUCAGUGUGUAGUUGAAGGGUAUUUUGGUCAGAUUCAGCUUCUGAAAUUUACUAAAUUAUCAUUAUAAUUGUACAUGUUUACUUGCUUUGUCAACUGGAAGUAAACAUAGGGAAAUAAUAUCAUGGGUGUCCAAUAGGAAAGCAUUUUUGAGCUUAUUUGUGUUAUUCAUGCUUUGAAUGAAUCUGUUGAGGCCUAA